AUGUUGAUUUACAUAAAACAUGGAGAGAACAAGCAGUUCUUGGUCAACAGCCAUUGCUCCAUCAUUUGCUUGCUGCAGUACUUGAGAUCCAUACUAGGACUACCUGCGUCAGAGUUAGAUCUGUGUGAUGAAACAGGAGUGCUGCUCUUCAUGUCCAGACACCUCCAGGAUCAUGCGAGUCAAAUAUUAACCUCUCGCAAAACAUAUAUCGUAUGCACCAUCAACCGUGGCUCUGAUGGACAAUAUGUCUCCAUCACCCCACACGUGGCAAAUCCCGACUCAGAUCUACAGGAAGCGCUGCAGAAUCAGUUAGUCAGUCUUGAGCAGACUCGUCGUAAAACCCUGUAUGCUUCGAAGGACCGUAUCAAGUCAGUCCAGACUCCGGCUCAGAAACAGCCUGUCAGACGUCAAAAGCCAGCGAGCAAAUGAGCUUUCGACUCAAUACACAGAGGCAAGAUGGAACAGAUCCUACUGGCGUACGGCUUACCAAAUGAAACAGUGAAUGCUAUUAUGAUGCUCUACAAAGAUACAUUGGACCUGCCUGAUCCAUCCUGGUGCCCUGUGUCUGGUUGGAGUCUCAUCACACUGCUCCUGUGGAGGACGGCCCCAUAUGGACAGUUGAAAGUCACACUUGGAAGACGCUCUGGACACUUACAGUAAUGCUCUUAUGGCUGAGGACUACAGUUGACUUGCUAACUUUAGGACUGCAGUUAUCAUGAACAGUUUUGCACUCAAGUUUCCAUUAAUGAAGAGUUAUAACGUCAACGAAACUGACUUCAUGUUAAAACUGUUAAUGUUAUAGUCAUGUUGUCUGUUGUCGCCCAAGUGGGGAUGGGUUCCCUUUUGAGUCUGGUUCCUCUCAAGGUUUCUUCCUCAUGUCGUCUGAGGGAGUUUUUCCUUGCCACCAUCGCCACGGGUUUGAUCAUUGGGGAUAGAUUGGGGAUGAAAUUGGCUUAUGUUUGGGGUCAUUCAAAUUCUG